AAAUAUAUGGAUAAUACUAGUAAAGUGGACAAUAGUGAACCAAGUUUUCAGGAUGCCGUCGUCUUCAAGUUUACAAACUUCGUCUGCGAGAGUUACAACCAAUCCUGGUUCGUGUUCCACAACUAUCGUCUGAAGGCCGUCAGUCGAAACAAAGUGCUUCUCAAUAUGAAUGGAACGAUACUACAUCCGGCCAACAAUAUUUCAAUUCAUGUCAGACUUUUAAAAAAGGCAAACGGCUACAAGCCCUGGCUUUUCAAUAUUUACUUUGAUGGCUGUCAGUAUUUUAGAAAACGGAAUCAACCUUUUGUUAAUAUAGUCUAUGGGCUCUUCAAACAGUUUAGUAACUUAAACCACUCAUGCCCCUACGUGGGUCCACAGAUUGUCAAGGACUUUUAUCUAAGACCUGAGCUACUGCGUCUUCCCAUGCCAACAGGGGACUAUUUAUUGGCGGUUCAGUGGUACUUCGAUAAGAAGCUACAGUUUGAUACGAACGUUAGUUUUACAUUCGUGGAAGAUUUAAUGAAGAGAAAUUAGUGGUAAUCACCUGAAUACAGAUUCAGUAGAAUCCUGAAGAUCCAUGAAAACAACAGUAGAAAAUGUAUUGUACCGAUUAAUCAAAUA